AUGGUCACUAGAAGAAUUUUCCAAGUUGCUCAAUUCAAAACUGCUUCAAGACAUUGGCUUCCGGUAAACUCCAGAGCAUAUUUUUCAUCAAGACAAAGAGCUGUCAAUUUUAACAAUAUAAGUGAAGGUGGUUUAAUUGCUAACGACGAUGUAUUCUCGAGUCCAGUUUCUGCAACUGCCGCUGCUGAAGAAACUGAAACAUUUGAACCAACUGUACACUCUUCAGAUGAUGUCAUCACUGCUGGUCCAGUCAACAGAGCUUAG